AGCAACACACCUUAGCGACCUCAAACAGCGACACCGCUGAGGCGACCGUCAAGCGGCAUAUAUCUUUCUAGACUUUAAAUUUGGCUAUUUCACCCGUGAAGUAUUGUGAAUAUAGACACGACUCCAAGGCUUUGAAUCACGCUUUAAGUAAAAUAAAUACGUCCAUUUGUAGGGAUUGAAGAAGAACAGGAGCAAGACAGUGACGACAGGGGAAGCAGGAUGUCCUCGCCCGAUCCGGGUGGACCGACCCGAGAGGACGGUGCGCGCAGGGUGUCAGGAGAGCGCCCUUCCACGUUAACCCGCUCCUUAACGCCAGUGGAUCCAGAACUGCUGAGAUCGCGCCUCGUAUCGACAGGGCCUGGUGUCCUUCAGCAUGAUCCUGACAUCCUGGUGUUCACACCUCACACCUUUACACAGCAGAGACAGCUACUGCCAGCUCUGACGCAGCACCAGAACCGAAACCUGCACGAGAACAUCGACAGGAAAAGAUCGAUCGGUUCUGGACGGAAGCCUCCUACGGAAAGUUCAGAUGCCAGUUCCUCCACUUUACGCCUCCCUCAGAUUCCUGACCAUCUCAAAGAAAGACAGGUGCAGCUCAUGCAGCGCUCCACCUCUCCUGCCAAAAAGCUGAAGAGCUCCUCCAAAAGCCACGCAGCCGCUCUGAGCCCCGUUACCCACGCCUGGUCCCGACCCGUCUCCCAUCCUCUGCAUUUCAGCUCAGUAGAGGAAGUGAUCCGCGCCGAGAUUCACUCUCCCUGUGAGAUUGCGCAGAUCAUCCGCACCAACCCUCACCUCGGCUUCUUCUACAUGACGCCAUCGGCUUCCAAAUCGUCCUACGACCUGAAGAUCGUAACAUAUGCAGCCAUUGACAAAUCGAACUACUACACGAUCAGUGCGAGCGGCGUGACGCAUUUCAGCAGCGACGGCACCAACUUCGUCUCACUGGAGUGCUGGGAGCAGGAAUACCUUAACCAUCAGCGGCUCCUGUGCAUCCCGACCUUCGCCCUCUUCCGCAAGAGGAAAGCGUUCCGUACGUGGCGCAACAACGUCCGCUACAAAGCCCUCAGCGCGUGCAAGUGCGCCCUGCAAGAGAGCCUGUUCGUCACGAACGAGUCUCUGAGACCGGCGUUGCUGAACAUCAGGGAACUUUGCUAUCGCAUCAGCGACAUGAGCCUGUGCAGAAUCGAAACGCGGCGGACGCACACACUCGAGGAGUUCCAGUCCGCUCAGUACACUCAACUCAAGGAGGUGUCCUCGCGACUGGCGGAAUUUCGAGAGCUGGUAAAGGAGGUGGCAGUAACGGCAUGUUACACGGCUCUCCUGGAGGCCGGAUACAUACCUGACUAUGGCAAAGAUGGAGAUGAAAGUAAGCCAUGUGCCGAUUUGGAGCAAUUGUAUGAAGAGACUCCAGAGAAAAUGAGCUACAGCGAGCAGCACAUCAAGAAAUGCCACUGUAGUCGGCUCACUUGUUUUAUCCGCCUGGCUGAUUAUUUGGUUAUGAGCACCCUGCACACGCUGGGCGUCAACUCCAUGAGCAAGCUUUUGAGUGCGCUCCAGGAGCCCAAAACAGACACCCCGUCACAAAUGCUCAUACAGAGCUGGGCCAGUGCAGAGGUCACACCUGACACGGACGACAUGGACAGUGUGUCAGAACAGAAUGCAGAAGCUUCAGUGUUGCCUAUGUUUAUCACAGAGCUGAUGCUGGACAUACAUGCGCUGUCCUUCCAGCCGUCCAUCAAGGACUUCCAGGAGACUGUAGCAGAGAUAAUGUCCCGUUUCCAGGAGACAAUCCUAUGUUUAGAGCCGCUAGUGCUAGACUCCGACUUUGACGCCUUCACACGACCCAUUAUUAACAAUAAGAUCAUGGAGAAGACCUGUGGCGAUGGACCUGAUUUAGAGGCCACACUGGAAAAUGAUCAGUACCUGCAGAAUAUCAUCCGUAACAUCAAGAAUUCCAUCCAGUUUGCAUUUGAUGCCGCCGACGCGUAUGCCCACACCUUCAAGUCAUUCCACCUCUUCUAUAAAGAGAACGAAAGCCUGGACCUGGAGGCUCUUAAAGAACAGGAGCAUGAUUUGGUGUUUUUUGAUGAAAGUCUGAAGAGGUAUCAUGGCCAGCAUAAGGAAGCCCUGGCCAUUAAGCCGAAGAGACACCUGGGAAUCCUGUUGGUGGACACGACUCAACUAAAAAGCAAGCUAACACCAUCUCCACUGCGCUGCAUAGAGGCCAUUAGUGACAUUCUGCCACUUUUAGCUAAGAGAAAAAUGGACGCGGUCAUCACUGAGAUACAAGACGCCUGCUUUAAACUGGAGCUCGUCCCUACAGCUACCAUCGAGUACGUCGACUCCCUCACCUUCCUGGACGAGAUCCAGGAGCGGGUUGGAUCCCUGGACGAGGAGGUCGAGACGGUAUGUCAGAUGUAUAAGUUGAUUGAAAGCUACUCCGUGCCCACUCCGCCGGAAGACCUUGCCGUUUUCAGUACACUUCGACCGUCCAGGGCGUCGAUAAAUAGCAGCAUCAACAAGGCGGUGGGAAAGAGAGACGCUAACAUGGCCCAGUUCUGCCAGCACAUGCAACAAGACAUCAAGGAACUCAACAGCGAGGUGACCAGGAUCAAACGACAAGCGGAGAACAGUCUGCUUCUGGAUAUCGAUGCGGAUCGGGAUCAAGUUCGUACGUUGCUGGGAGAAACCCAGAACUCCAUAGACGAGCUGCAAGAGCAAGCCUUCCGCUACAAAUCCUACCAGAAGAACUUUAAGGUGGAGGUGACCAAGUACGACUCUCUGGAGGAGCUGAGUGCUGACGUGAAGCUGAAACAUUUGCUGUGGGAUUCAUUAGAGGAGUGGGAAAAGUGGCAGAACAGCUGGAUGCAGAGUAAAUUUACCGAUCUCGACUCGGAGCUCCUGAGCGCCCAGGUGAACAAGUACGGAAAGUACGUGAACCAGCUGGAGAAAGGGCUUCCACCCAACAGCGUCGUGCCCCAUCUCAAAGCCGCCGUGGAUGCCAUAAGGGAAAAGCUACCAGUGAUCUCUGAUUUGCGUAACCCAUGUCUGAAAGAACGGCACUGGAUCAAGUUGGAGAGCAUCAUGGGGGUCAGCCUGCUGGAGAACCCACUCACUCUUGAUGCCCUGCAAGAACUCGGUGUCUUUAACUACGCUGGGGAGAUCCAGGAGAUUUCAGGCCAGGCGUCAGGAGAGGCAGCUCUAGACACAGUGGUGAAAAAGGUGGAGGACACGUGGAAGACCACAGAGUUUACGGUGCUGUUACAUCGUGACUACAAAGACGUGUUUAUUCUCGGAGGCACAGACGAUAUCCAGGUGUUGCUGGACGACAGCUCCAUCAACAUGGCCACAGUGGCGUCAUCACGUCACGUGGGUCCCAUUAAGAAGACGGUAGACAAGUGGCAGCAACAGCUCUCCCUGUUCAGCCAGACGCUGGACGAGUGGGUGACGUGCCAGAGGAACUGGCUUUAUUUGGAGAGCAUCUUCAACGCCCCCGAUAUCCAGAGGCAGCUCCCUGCUGAGGCCAAGAUGUUCCUGCAGGUGGACAAAUCCUGGAAAGACAUCAUGAGGAAGGUGAACACCUUUCCCAACGCACUACGUGCUGCUACACAGCCAGAGCUUUUGGAGAUCUUCCAGAACAACAACCUUCUACUGGACCAGAUUCAGAAGUGUCUGGAGGCCUACCUGGAGUCUAAGAGAGUUAUUUUCCCCAGGUUCUACUUCCUGUCCAACGACGAGCUGCUGGAAAUCCUGGCACAGACACGCAACCCCCAGGCCGUGCAGCCGCACCUUAGGAAGUGCUUCGACGCCAUCUCCCGGCUGGAGUUCGGAGCCUCGCAGACUUCUGAUGUUGUAGGCGAGGCUGAGAAAGCGCACAGCAACGACAUCCUGGCUAUGAUCUCACCCGAGGGAGAGAAGGUGGCUCUAGGAAAAGGUCUUAAGGCUCGUGGGAAUGUGGAGGACUGGUUGGGGAAGGUGGAGGAGGCCAUGUUUGCCUCUCUCAGACGCCUCAGCAAGGCCGCCAUCCCAGACUACCAGAGCAAACCGCGGGUGGAGUGGGUGGUGGCCGGACAUCCUUCACAGGUGGUGCUGACCAUCUCCCAGCUGAUGUGGUGCAGAGACAUGGAUAACUGUCUGGAGGGAGACCACGACCACUUCGAAGCCCUCCAGCAGUUCGAGCUCGAAAACAUCGAGAGGCUGAAUGCGUUGGCCGCUCUGGUUCGGGGUAACUUACCCAAAAUACAUCGGAGCAUCAUCACAGCUCUCAUUACUGUGGACGUCCACGCCAGAGACAUCGUCACCGAGCUCGUCAAUGAAAAGGUGGACUCGAGCAGUAACUUCGAGUGGCAGAGGCAGCUGCGCUAUUACUGGGACAUGGAUUUGGAUAACUGCGUGGCCAGGAUGGCUCUGUCUCAGUACAUCUACGGAUACGAGUACCUGGGAGCCUGCCCGCGUCUGGUCAUCACCCCGCUCACGGAUCGGUGCUACCUGUGUCUGAUGGGGGCGCUACAGCUGGACCUGGGCGGCGCCCCGGCAGGUCCCGCCGGCACCGGAAAAACCGAGACCACUAAAGACCUGGCCAAAGCCCUGGCCAUCCAGUGCGUGGUCUUUAACUGUUCCGAUGGACUCGAUUACAAGAUGAUGGGCACGUUCUUCAGUGGUCUGGCUCAGUCUGGAGCCUGGUGUUGUUUCGACGAGUUCAACCGCAUCAACAUCGAGGUGCUCUCGGUCAUCGCCCAACAACUCAUCACUAUAAGAAACGCAAAAGCCGCCAAGGUGUCUCGGUUCAUGUUCGAAGGGAGAGAGAUUAAGCUGGUGAUGACAUGCGCCGCCUUCAUCACGAUGAACCCAGGCUACGCAGGCAGGACCGAGCUCCCAGACAACCUGAAGGCCCUCUUCAGACCCGUCUCCAUGAUGGUGCCCAACUACGCCCUCAUCGCAGAGGUGAUCUUGUUCUCUGAGGGCUUCGAGUCCAGUAAGACUCUGGCGAGGAAGAUGAUUCAGAUGUAUAAGCUGUGCAGCGAGCAGCUUUCCCAGCAGGACCACUACGACUUCGGCAUGAGAGCCGUCAAAUCCGUUCUCGUCAUGGCCGGGUCUCUGAAGCGAGAGAACCCACACCUGAGCGAGGACGUGGUGUUGAUUAGAGCACUACGAGACUCCAACCUGCCCAAGUUCCUCAAGGACGACGCAGAACUUUUUGGCGGUAUUCUGUCGGAUCUCUUUCCUGGCGUGGGCGUCCCCGGGCAUGACUACGGCGCGCUCCAGUCGAACAUCGAGGCAGCUCUACGCGCCCGCUCCCUGCAGCCCGUCGCCAGCAUGACCGCCAAGGUGAUCCAGCUGUACGAGACCAUGCUGGUGCGCCACGGCGUCAUGCUGGUGGGCCCUACAGGUGGCGGUAAGACCACGGCGUACCGUGCCCUCGCUGACGCGCUGCUCGUCCUUCACGAGACGGAGGGCUGCGAGGCGAAUCCCUUCUACCAGCCUGUCAAGACCUACGUGCUCAACCCGAAGUCAGUGAGCAUGGGUGAGCUGUACGGCGAAUCCAACCCUCUCACGCUGGAGUGGAGGGACGGUUUGAUGGCGCUGUGCGUCCGCGCCGCCUCCAGCGAUCCCACCGACACGCACAAGUGGGUGGUGAGCGACGGACCCGUGGACGCACUGUGGAUCGAGAACAUGAACACCGUGCUGGAUGACAACAAGACGCUGUGUCUGGCCAACAGCGAACGGAUCAAGCUCACACCUUCUAUACACAUGAUAUUCGAGGUUCAGGAUUUAGCCGUAGCCUCUCCAGCCACAGUCAGUCGCUGUGGGAUGGUGUACUUCGACCCAGAGGAGCUGAAAUGGAUGCCGUACGUGCAGACGUGGCUCACGGGCCUCUCGGACAAGGUGACUGAGCCCAUACGUGUGCACCUGAUGGAGCUCUUCGUGCAAUAUGUCGAGAAGGGUCUCCAGUUCGUUUCGAAGCGCUGCACCCAGGCCAUGUCUCAGGUGGACAUCAGCAAAGUCACCACCCUCUGCUGCCUCCUCGAGGCGCUGCUGUUCAACAAGGGCCUUAAAACGGACUCCAGCGGCACGCUCUGCCAGACGUUUGUGUUCUGCUACGUCUGGGCCAUAGGCGGGAAUCUGACGGACGUUUCCCGGGACGCCUUCGACAGCUUCGUGAGGCGGCAGUUCGAGGACAACGCCGAUGCCAAGCUCCCGAGCGGAGGAGAUCUAUGGAGUGUGCAUAUGGACUUUGAAACCAAGCGCCUGGAGCCAUGGGAGAAGAUCAUGCCAUAUUUCAGGUAUAACAAUGAGAUUCCCUUCUUCGAGAUGUUGGUGCCCACUGUGGACACGGUGCGCUAUGGAUACCUGAUGGAGAAACUGCUCUCUGUGGGACACUCGGUGCUUUUCACUGGCAUCACUGGAGUAGGAAAGUCCGUGGUGGCCCGUGGUUUGUUGAACAGCAUACAGGAACAGGCAGGGUACAUCCCCGUCUACAUCAACUUCUCCGCCCAGACGUCCUCGGCUAGAACGCAGGAGAUGAUCGAGUCCAAGCUGGAGAAGAAAAGGAAGAAUGUACUGGGUGCUCCCGCUAAUAAGCGGCUACUGGUGUUCGUGGACGAUCUGAACAUGCCGAAGUUGGACAGUUACGGCUCACAGCCUCCAAUCGAGUUGCUGCGACAGUUUCAGGACUUCCAGGGCUUCUACGACCGCGACAAGUUCUUCUGGAAGGAGAUUCAGGACAUGACCGUAGCGGCAGCAUGUGCGCCCCCUGGUGGAGGUCGUAACCCUGUGACCCCUCGGUUCAUCCGCCAUUUCAGCAUGCUCUGCCUCCCGACGCCCUCCGAGCACAGCCUUAAGCAGAUUUUUAAGGCGAUCCUGUGUGGCUUCCUCGAUGAUUUCCCAGCGGCAGUGAAACAGGCUGCAGGCAGUAUCGUGGAUGCCGCAGUGGAGAUUUACCGCCGCAUGAGUGUGGAUUUGCUCCCUACUCCAGCCAAAUCCCACUAUGUGUUCAACCUUCGAGAUCUGUCCAAGUGUGUGCAGGGCAUGUUGCAGUGCGAGCCCGGCACGGUGCAGGAUCAGAACCAGAUCUUCCGUCUCUUCUGUCACGAGUGUCAGCGCGUGUUUCACGACCGGCUCAUCAACAACGAGGACAAGACCUACUUCAACACCAUGAUCUGCGAGAUGGCCAGUAAACAUUUCCGCAUCAAGUUGGAGCCCAGUUAUCUCACCAAGCAUCCUAUUAUUUUUGGAGAUUUCAUCAAGGUCGGCGCAGAGAAGGCCGACCGCAUCUACGAGGACCUGACAGACACGGAGAAGAUCCGGAACGUUCUGCAGGACUACCUGGACGACUACAACUUGACCUUCUCCAAGGAAACCAAGCUUGUGUUCUUCCAGGACGCCAUCGAACACGUCUCCAGAAUCGCCCGCAUGAUUCGGCAAGAGCGCGGCAACGCCCUGUUGGUCGGUGUCGGCGGGACAGGGAAGCAAUCUCUCACGCGAUUGGCUGCUCACAUGUGCGGCUACCGCUGCUUCCAGAUCGAGCUCAGCCGCGGCUACGACUACAACAGUUUCCACGAAGAUCUGCGUAAACUCUACAAGAUGGCCGGCGUUGAGGGCCAGGACAUGGUUUUCCUCUUCACUGACACUCAGAUUGUAGCGGAGGAGUUCCUGGAGGACAUCAACAACAUGCUGAACUCUGGCGAGGUUCCCAACCUGUUCGAGAAGGACGAGCUGGAGCAGGUGUUGGCGGCGACGCGGCCCCACGCCAAGGAGGCGGGCGUCGCCGAGGGCAACCGGGACGAGGUCUUUCAGUUCUUCAUCUCUCGCGUACGAGAGAAGCUGCACAUCGUGUUGUGUAUGAGUCCGGUGGGUGACGCCUUCCGCUCACGCUGCCGUAUGUUCCCCUCGCUCGUCAACUGCUGCACCAUCGACUGGUUCGUCCAGUGGCCACACGAGGCUCUGCUGUCUGUCUCGCAGACGUUUUUCCAGACUGUGGACUUUGGCAGCGAGGAGAUGAUGACCUGUUUGUCUCAGAUGUGCGUGGAGAUCCACACGAGCGUGAUGGAUAUGGCCGAGCGCUUCUAUUCGGAGCUCCGCCGCCGCUAUUACACCACACCCACGUCUUAUCUGGAGCUCAUUAACCUAUACUUGAGCAUGCUUGGAAAUAAGAGGCAGCAGCUGGAGGCGGCUCGCGAUCGAGUGAAGAAUGGUCUGACCAAGCUGUUGGAGACCAACGACCUGGUGGAGAAGAUGAAGGUGGAACUGUCGGCCCUGGAGCCCGUGCUCAAACAGAAAUCCAUCGACGUCAAUGCCCUCAUGAAGAAAAUCUCUGUGGACCAGGAGAAAGCUGACCAGGUGCGCAGCGUGGUGAAGGAGGACGAGGCCAUUGCGAAGGAGAAAGCCAGUAACACGCAGGCCAUCGCAGCAGAAGCGCAGAAAGACCUGGACAAGGCUCUGCCCGCUCUGGAGCAGGCCAACAAUGCUCUGGGCGCGCUGGAUAAGAACGACAUCUCCGAGAUCCGUGUGUUCAACAAACCACCUGAGCUCGUCAUGACCGUCAUGGAGGCAGUGUGUAUCCUGCUCAAGAGCAAGACAGACUGGGCGAGUGCCAAGCAAGUCCUCGGCGAAUCCAACUUCCUGAAGAAGCUGACUGACUACGACAAAGACAACAUCCAACCGCAGAUCCUUCAAAAGCUGCAGCGCUACAUCCAGAACCCUGAUUUUGUCCCUGAGAAAGUGGAGAAGGUGUCUAAAGCCUGCAAGUCCAUGUGCAUGUGGGUAAAUGCAAUGGACCUCUAUUCCCGCGUGCUUAAAGAAGUCGGACCUAAACGAGAGAAACUGGCGGCCGCACAGGCCGAGCUGGACGCCACGACAGCAACUCUAAAGCAGAAGCAGGCCAAGCUACAGGAGGUGGAGAAUGAGAUCGCAGCUUUGCAGAAGCAUUUCAACUCCAGCCUAGCAGAGAAAGAGACCCUGGCUGAAAACAUGGCUCUGACCAAGGCACGGCUGAGUCGUUCGGCGAAGCUGACUUCGGCGCUGGCUGACGAGCGCGUGCGCUGGCAGGAGAGCAUCGAGUUGUUCGAGUUGGAGAUCAACAACGUGGUCGGAAACGUGUUCGUCGGAGCCGCGUGCGUGGCUUAUUACGGAGCCUUCACUUCGCACUAUAGACAGCUGCUGAUAGAGCAGUGGAUCUCACGCUGUCAGGAGUUGGGGAUCCCCAUCAGCUCCAACUUCAGUCUGAUCGGAAUCCUGGGCGACCCGUACGAGAUUCGGCAGUGGAACGCUGACGGUUUGCCCCGCGACAUCGUGUCCACCGAGAACGGCAUCCUGGUGACCCGUGGACGCCGCUGGCCCCUCAUAAUCGACCCCCAAGAUCAGGCGAACCGCUGGAUCCGCACCAGAGAGGUGAAGAACGGCCUGAAGGUCAUCAAACUGACGGACACCGGCUUCCUCCGCACUCUCGAGAACGCCAUCCGCCUGGGCAUGCCCGUCCUACUGGAAGAGCUUAAAGAGACCCUGGACCCUGCCCUGGAGCCGGUACUGCUGAAACAGACGUUCCUAUCCGGCGGCAGGACGCUGAUCCGUCUGGGAGAUUCCGACAUCGACUAUGACAAGAACUUCCGCUUUUACAUGACCACCAAGAUGGCCAACCCUCACUACCUCCCUGAGGUUUGCAUCAAAGUGACUAUUAUCAACUUCACGGUGACUAAGUCAGGACUGGAAGAUCAGCUCCUCAGUGACGUGGUGCGCCUGGAGCGGCCCGAACUGGAGGAGCAGAGGAACGAGCUGAUCGUCCGCAUCAACGCUGACCGGAACCAGCUUAAAGCCAUCGAGGACCGCAUCCUCAAGCUGCUCUUCACCUCGCAGGGCAACAUCCUCGACAACGAGGAGCUCAUAAACACCUUGCAGGAGUCGAAGGUGACUUCAGAGGCUAUUAAAUCCCGUCUGCAAGAAGCCGAAGCCACAGAGUUGAUGAUAAACACCGCCAGGGAGAAAUAUCGGCCCGUGGCCACACGUGGCUCCGUCAUGUAUUUCGUCAUCGCCAGUCUUUCUGAGAUCGACCCCAUGUACCAGUUCUCCCUUAAGUAUUUCAAACAGCUGUUUAACAGCACCAUCGAGACGUCGGAGAAGCACAGCAAGCUCAGCGCACGCUUGCAGAUCCUGCUGGAUUCCACUCUGUUCAGCGCGUACACCAACAUCUCCCGAGGCCUCUUCGAGCAACACAAAACCAUCUACAGCUUCAUGCUGUGUGUGGAGAUCAUGAUACAGCGCGAGGAAAUCUCACCACAAGAGUGGUUCUGCUUCCUCCGAGGGGCAGGGGGCAUGGACAAGGAGACCCCAGAGAAGCCGAGUGUUCCCUGGUUGUCUGAUUUCACCUGGGAGAUGUGUUGUGACCUCGAGGAGAAACUGCCGUGUUUCAGAGGCAUUAAGAAAGACAUCGUAUCAACACCUGUUACCGUGCGGCUGGGACGCUUAGAGGUGGCGGUGAACCCGGAGCAGUGGGACGGCUAUGUGACAGACCUCGCGCCGUACUCCAACCAGCAACCUGAGCUCACAGGUCACUGGGACGAGCGUCUCGGAGCCUUCCAGAAACUCAUCCUGAUUAAGAGCUUCAGUGAAGAAAAGGUCGUGCUUGCCGUGACCGAAUUCGUGAUCGUCAGCCUGGGGCAGCCAUUCGUGGAGAAUCCGCCGGUGGAUCUGGCAACCCUGUACGCAGACAUGUCUCCCUCCACACCCCUGGUGUUCAUCCUCAGCACUGGCUCCGAUCCCAUGGGGGCAUUCCAGAGAUUCGCCAAGGAGCGUGGAUACUUGGACAGCGUGAAGUCUAUAUCUUUGGGUCAGGGUCAGGGCCCGAUAGCUGAGAAGAUGAUAUCCGAAGCGCAGAAGAACGGGAACUGGAUCUUCCUGCAGAACUGCCACCUCGCCGUCUCUUGGAUGCUCUCCAUGGAGGAAAUCAUCAAGAGCUUCUCCGAGCCUGACAUUACUAUCCAUGAGAACUUCAGGCUGUUCCUCAGCUCGAUGCCCACCAGUGUCUUCCCUGUCACUGUACUCCAAAAUUCUGUCAAGGUGACCAACGAGCCGCCGAAGGGCCUCCGCGCGAAUGUGCGACGGGCUUUUACAGAAAUCAGCAGCUCGUUCUUCGAGGAGCACAUCCUGGGCAGGAAGUGGAGGAAGCUCAUCUUCGGACUGUGUUUCUUCCACGCCAUCAUCCAGGAAAGGAAGAAGUUUGGGCCUCUCGGCUGGAACAUCGGCUACGAGUUCAAUGACAGCGACAGGGAGUGCGCGCUUCUCAACCUGAACCUCUACUGCCAGACAGGACACAUCCCCUGGGACGCACUCAUCUACAUCACUGGAGAGAUUACAUAUGGAGGGAGAGUAACAGAUGCUUGGGAUCAGCGUUGUUUGCGCACCAUUCUCAAACAGUUCUUCUUGCCAGAGACUCUGAAGGAGGCAUACAAGUACUCAGCAUCAGGGAUCUACUUCGCUCCCGAGUCCGACAAACUGAGCGAAUACAACAGCUACAUUGAGAAUCUGCCGAUCAUCGACGAUCCCGAGAUCUUUGGCAUGCACGACAACGCUAACUUGGCUUUCCAGAGGCAGGAGACGCUGACUCUGAUUAACACCAUCCUGGAGGUGCAGCCGCGCUCCUCAGCAGCUGCAGGAGGGAAGAGUAACGACGAGGUGGUGCUGGAACUCGCAGACUCUAUCCUGAACAAGAUUCCGGACAAGCUCGAUAUGGACGGCGCGGCAGAAACCCUGUUUUCUCGAGACUCUAACGGCAGAGUGAACUCUCUGACCACUGUGCUGGGACAGGAAGUGGACCGUUUCAACUUCCUGCUGCAUGUGAUACGGACCUCCCUGUGCACCCUGCAGAAGGCCAUAGCCGGCUUGGUGGUGAUGUCUGAGGAGAUGGAGCGGAUCUACAACAGCUUCCUGAACAACCAGGUGCCGGAGCACUGGGCCAACGCCGCGUACCCGUCUCUAAAGCCUCUGGGCAGCUGGGUCCGAGACCUGGCACUGCGUACCGCCUUCAUAGACAGCUGGAUAACCAGAGGUCAGCCCAAGUCUUUCUGGAUCUCAGGGUUCUUCUUCCCUCAGGGCUUUCUGACAGGCAUUCUGCAGAACCACGCACGUAAGUACAACCUGCCCAUCGACGAGCUCAACUUCCGCUUCAACGUGUGGGCGGUGUACCGAGACCAAGCCGUCGUCACCGAAGCCCUGAAGAACCUCGGACCAGGCGCUGAACUCGACCAAGACCAGAAGCUCCCCAGCAUAGAGGACGGAGUGUUGGUGCACGGGAUGUUCAUGGACUCGAGUCGCUGGGACGAUUUGAACAUGGUGAUUGAGGACGCGUUGCCCGGGGUGAUGAACCCCAUGCUGCCCGUGCUGCACUUUGAGCCUCAGCAGAACUACGUACCGGAUCAAUCACUGUACCACGCGCCGCUGUAUAAAACCGCCGCCAGAGCCGGAACUCUGUCCACUACUGGACACUCCACUAACUUCGUGGUGACGGUGAUGUUGCCGUCCAACAGGCCAAGUGAUUACUGGAUCUCCAGAGCCUCAGCGCUGCUGUGCCAACUCAACGAGUAAGCGAAACCUGCCCACUUUCCUUCCCUCUUAUUUACUCUUCACUCAGUGCCUACGACAACAAAACACAAAUACAGCUUCAAUAUCAGUUCAUAUGAAUUCAUCAUAGUUAUAAGCAGAAGUGAACAUUCAUGCUCUCAAUAAAACAGGCCAUGCCAGCUCACACAACUCUUCGACAUCUUUUAUUGAGGUUUUGUUCGAAAUCUGUUUUGUAAUAAAAUGGCUGUUAGUUCAUGACGUUGGCACAAAACCUGUACAUGUUAGAAAGAGGACCGCACAAAUCGAGCAUGAAAAGAAACAAGGACAAAUCAAACUGAGGAACACCACAACUACAACCACAGUGUAUAUAUAUAUAAAAAACCAUAAUAUAUUAUAUUAUUAUAUUUAAGUACACAUUUCUCUUUUAAAAAAAUAUCCGAUUGAUCAGUUACACCAGAAUCUAUUCACGUUUCUGAAGUAAAGGCUACGGCUACUCACAUCGCAGUGCUUCGGUAAACCCGGUACGAUUAACACUGCUUAUCCACGGUGUUGAGACAUGCACACAGAGUCGCAGAAAGUAAACAGAGGCAACGAACGUGAUGCGAAAUGAAUCUGGAGCCGCUAAACAAACAAACAAAAGGAGUACACCGGUCAGCCGAGGCGUUCAUGG